CAAACAGCUGAGCACCCGGUGUGUUACAGUCUUACAACGCGCGUCUGACAGAAUGGAAACUUCAUAUCUUGUUUUGUUUUAUACCUUAUGCAGCAUAUACAGUGUUGUUAGUCAAAAUGCUGUAAAUUCUUGUUGUAAAAAUGGUGGUAUUUGUGUCCUCGGCAGUUUUUGCAGAUGUCCAAAGUUUUAUAUUGGAAGGUACUGCCAGUAUGAAAUUAAGUAUAAGAAUUGUAAAAACGUCCCCCAUGGAUAUUGGAUCCGCUCCGAUUGCAAUAAGUGUCGGUGUUUCAACGGAAGGGUUGUUUGCAUCCCGAAAUAUUAUUUUGGUUGCGAGGACGACGACGAACCAUUGGAUCCAACCAAGAAAAUCGAUCCAUUUAGUGGAAAGACCAUCACCUUAUAUGCAAAAGACCCGGAUGUUCAGUAUCAUCCUACCCCAUCACCAUCAGCCGACACUGGGGAGCUUUAUAAUGACGAUUAUUAUUAUAGUGAUAUUUCAGACAGUGCCACUUAUGCUCAAUUUUCGUUCAUUGUUUUUGUUUGUUUGGUGUCCAUCAACUUUUUGUGAUUUGUGCAAUGAUUUUGAAAACACUGCAUGCGUGUUGUUUGUUUGUUUGUUUUUUGUUUUGUUUUCUUUUUCUUUGUGUUUGUGUUAGGGGGGAUCAAAUGCUGCAAUAGUAUAACUGUUGUAUCUCUGUGCUAAAAGGAAUUUCACUUAAAGUGAAAUGUUACCAAGUCGUUUCAUUUGACUGUAAA